AUGACGGAGAAGCUAUGCAUCCACAGGAUAUUCGUUUUGUUUCCAAAUGCCAUAGCUCGCAAGUCACUGGUGUUACUGAUAUUUACGUUAGUUUUCUGGGUCAUAUACUUGGCUUCAGAAGACCACAUGAAGCUCUUCUUCAGCUUGAGAAACCCUGCCCCAUUAAUCCAAUGGAGUAUCUUCAAAUGGAGUAUUUCUCCAUCUUCAAUGGAGUAUUUCUCACACUCAGAAGCACUACUGAAUCCAGCAACAGAGACUGAGCUGAGAGUAAAGGAAAUCCUGGAGAAACUGGAUCGGCUGAUCCCACCCAGACCUUUCACCCACGUGAAUACCACCACCAGUGCCACACACAGCACAGCCACCAUCCUCAACCCACGAGACAAGUACUGCGUGGGGGACCAGCUGGACAUUCUGCUGGAGGUGAGGGACCACUUGGGACGCCGGAAGGAAUAUGGUGGGGAUUUCCUGAGGGCCAGGAUGUUCUCUCCAGCCCUGAAGGCGGGAGCCUCCGGAAAGGUGACUGACUUCAACAAUGGUACCUACCUUGUCAGCUUCACCCUGUUCUGGGAGGGCCAGGUCUCCCUGUCUGUCCUGCUCAUCCACCCCAGUGAAGGGGCAUCAGCUCUCUGGAGGGCAAGGAACCAAGGCUAUGACAGGGUGAUCUUUGUGGGCCAGUUUGCUAAUGGCACCUCCCAGGUCUUCUCUGAAUGUGGCCUGACUCUAAAUACAAGCAAUGAACUCUGCCAGUACCUGGAUGCCCGAGACCAAGAAGCCUUCUACUGCGAGAGGCCUCAACAUGUCCCCUGUGAGGCCCUGACCCACAUGAGCACCAGGACUAGAAAUAUUUCCUAUCUUAGCAAAGAAGAAUGGAACCUUUUCCACAGGUCUAAUAUAGGAGUUGAAAUGAUGAAGAAUUUUAUCUCCAUCGAGGUCUCACCAUGUAACAACAGUGAGAACAUCAGAGAGAAAUGUCAUAUUGGGAUGAAGAGUCCUUUCCCUAGUGGGUAUGCUUUGAAGGGAAGGUGGAUUACAGCAUUUUGCAAACAGAUCAAGUUCAGUGAAAUAAAAAACAUAAACGACUGUUUGGAAAGAAAACGUAUUUACCUCAUGGGAGAUUCAACACUACGUCAGUGGAUACUCUACUUAAAAAAAGUUGUGACAACCUUAAAAUAUUUUGGUCAUCAUGGAACUAGAACCUUUGAAACACACAUUCUUCUGGAUGUUGAAAGACAUAUUUUGAUUCAGUGGAAAAAACACAGUUAUCCAUUUGUUACCCUAAAGGUUUUCUCAGUGAAAGAUGAAAACUAUAUUUCGCGAGAAAUUGACCGUGUAGCAGGAGACAAAGACACGGCCAUUGUCAUUACCCUUGGCCAACAUUUCAGACCUUUUCCCAUCAAGACUUUCAUCCGCAGAGCCAUCAAUAUUCAAAAGGCCAUCAAACGUCUAUUCCUGCGAAGCCCAGAGACCAAGGUGAUACUGAAAACUGAAAAUACCAGGGAGAUCCAUUCAAAUGCGGAGAUGUUCAGUGACUUUCAUGGUUAUAUUCAGAAUCUUGUCAUGAGGGAGAUUUUUGCAGAUCUCAAUGUGGGUGUUAUUGAUGCCUGGGACAUGACAGUUGCAUAUCGCACUGAUAACAUUCAUCCACCUGAUUAUGUGAUUGAAAGUCAAAUUGAUAUGUUUUUAAACUAUAUUUGCUAG